CUCUAAAUAGGCAAUAUGGUGGAAUUUGAGACACAAUCAAACUGUGUGGUACCAUCCAGGAUGAUUCGUUGUACUUUAAACCUAGAGCAGGUGCAUGGUAGAGGUACAGCCUGCAUUUCUACAUUCCAGGGAUGGUUUACAGCUGAAGCAUACGGAUCAAUCUUUUUCACAACCCGUUUCCUGAUAGGAGUGAGCGAGCCUUGUGUUGGUGUUUUGUAUUUGUGUUUAAUCGCAGGUGUGAGUUCCCCAGGGAGGGGGGGAACCCUGUCGGAGGAGUCGUUCCAGUGUUCUAUCUGCCUGGAGGUCUUUGUGGAGCCCGUCUCUACCCCCUGCGGACACAGCUUCUGCAAGGCCUGUCUGCAGGGCUACUGGGACCACAGCAAGAAGUUCCUGUGCCCCAUGUGUAAGAAGAGCUACAGCCGGAGGCCGGAGCUCAGCAUCAACCGGGUCCUCGCCGAGAUCGCUGCCCACUUCCAGGGCCUCGAAGUAGGGGCUGUUUCACCAAACACGAAGGGGGGUGCGGUGGCUGGGAGUCCGGUGGCGGGUCACAGGAUUCAUGGAGAGUCACCAGCAGCUGCGGCGGAGGGUGGAGAGUUUGCCCGGGCAGGCGAGGUGCCGUGUGAUGCGUGCAUUGGGAGGAAGAUGAGGGCACUGAAGUCGUGUCUCAACUGUCCAGGGUCAUUCUGUGAGGCACAUCUCCGACAUCAUAAGAAGGUGAAGUCUCUGACGUUUCACCACCUCGUGGAGCCUGUGCAUCAUCUGGAGGAGAAGCUCUGUAAGAAGCAUGAGCGCCUGCUGGAAGUCUACUGCCGCAACGACCACGGCUGUGUCUGUAUCUCCUGUGCCGAGGCCACCCACAAGACUCACGAGAUCGUCUCGGUUGACCGCGAGUGGAAGAAAAAGAUGAAUUAUUUGGGCAAGAGGAGGUUGGAGCUGAAAUACAUGAUCAAGGAGCGGACCAAGAAGCUGGAGGAGAUCAAACAGUCAAUACGGGUCAUCAAAAGCAGUGCUCAGAAGGAGUUGGAGGAGAGCUGGCAGGUGUACGCGGAGCUUCAGUGUCUAGUGGAGCAGAGCCAGGCUGAGCUGGUGGAGCUGAUCGCUACGAGGCAGCGCGAGGCUGAGAGGCAUGCCCAGGAGCUGGCCCGAGGACUGGAGAGCGACCUGAGUCAUCUCAGGAAGAGGAACGAAGAGUUGGAAGCCCUGGCACAGAACCAGGACAAAGUCAUCUUCCUCCAGAGACUGUCCGCCCUAGCGCUCCUCCCGGAGCCCAUUGAUUGGUCAGGAGUGAGUGUGAACACUGACCUGUACCUGGGUACCAUCCAAUCAUCCGUCAGUGCUCUCGUCGACAAGUUCCAGGAAGAAAUCAAGAGGCUGUAUGGAAAAGAGCUAAGGAAGCUGCAGAACUAUGCAAGUGAGGUGUUCCUGGACCCGGGCACAGCCCAGAGGAACCUGGUCCUGUCAGAGGACGGUCGCCAGGUGAUGUACGAGGAACGAAAGCACAACCAGUCAGAAGACACUCGCCGCUUCAACCCCGCCCUCUUCGUGCUCGCAUGCGAGUGCCUCUCCUCGGGACGCCAUUACUGGGAGGUCGAUGUGGGCCGUAAGACUGCCUGGACUGUGGGCGUGGUGCGAGCAUCGGCCCGCCGGAAGGGAGAGAUCAAGCUGAGCCCCGAUGGAGGGUACUGGUGCCUGUGGCUGAAAGGUGGGGAGGUCAAGGCUCUGGCAUCCACCCGACUGUCCCUGCAGCUGGCCUCUCACCCCCAGAAGAUCGGGAUCUUCCUCGACUACGAAGGCGGCCAGGUGUCGUUCUACGACGUCAAGAAGCACACGCACCUCUUCACAUUUGAGGAUACCUUUCAUGAGAGUUUGUACCCCAUCUUUAGCCCCUGUCUCAAUCAGGAGGGAAAGAACGCAGCCCCGCUCAUCAUCAGUGCAGUGAAGCAUAUCCACGAGGUACUGCAGGCACCUCCCCGGCAUCUCGGGUCCAGAAUGGCCCGUAUCAUGUACGCCGGGGACCCCUUGAUGUCCAGAGGGGGCGGAGCUUCCGGCAGGGCAGGCGGAGGGGCAGGUUUCAGGUCGAGAGCCAGACCCUGUCCCCCGGUGCAGACACAGGGGCCUCCCUGCAGUGACGGUCAGCGCUCCUUUUCUGCCGUCCACUCGCCUGUCUUAGUGAUUCCUGGGCGGUCCUCCAGGUCUCCUGAGAGCGCUGCACCCACUCCUCCACCGCAGGAGCCUCGGUCUGGCUCUGAUGCCACAGUGCCAGGAACGGCUGGUAGCCCAACACUCACUGAAACGGUCAGGCUGACCGAGACCCCCAGACGUUCCAUAAACGCCUUCCACAUUCGGGAUGUGAACUGGGGACCCCGAUCAGAAAUGAUGUCCUCGGGCACCCCUUUUGCUCCGCCGGCCCGAGCUUCUUCGAAAAAAAAGCACAGGGGCGGAGCUUCGGUGAUGAACCCGAACGCUGUGAGAGCACGGCUCCAACCCCAGCCUCGGAUGUGUCCACCUCCACUCAAACGGAGGAAAGCUCUGUCCGCCUCUGCCGACCACUGCAACCGCACCGGCCUCCCCUUCAGCAGUGAGCUACAGCUGGUGCAGGAGGAGCCUCCUCCUCCGGUCUCCCUAGAUGCAGCCCCCCCUAGCUCCAUAGGUAUGGGAGCGGGCGGUCCAGGAGGUGGAACAGACAGGACCCUUUCAGAACGUCCGCGAGCAGCCAGCAGAUUGUCUAGCCGGAUCGACAGGUCUAUGAGCUCGUCCAGGAGGGUGAUCGAACACGGCCCAGAAGUUGCAGGUGAACUCCGGGUAGUGGCCCCUCGACCGAGUCGGGCCCGUUCCAGACGGCAUUGGCCCACUCCAGGGCUCUACCCGUCAAGCAAGAGACGAGGACACUCACGCUCUCCUCGUCCGAGGGAGCCGGCCGAAUGGUGGCCAGGUAAAGCUGGAGUUGGAGCAGGAAUCCCUGGCACACCACCACCGCUCUAUCGUACUCCGUUGGAGGCGCAAUACGCAGGGCACUGGUACCGGAUACCGCUGGUGGAGGUUGUAGCUUUCAGGGGCAGUGUCAUGUGUCAGUGUUUGGCCAGAGCGGUCACUCUGUACAGUGGCUUUCUGCAACAGCUGCUUCUCUCUGUAAUGGCUUACCUUGCAGGAAAUCAUGGAAAUCUGACGGAGGAGCAGGUCCACUGCUCCAUCUGUCUGGACGUGUUCACCAACCCUGUCUCCAUCCCCUGUGGACACAACUUCUGCCGCUGCUGCAUCCUAGACUACUGGAAGACCACCGCCCUGUUCCAAUGCCCCAUGUGCAAGAAGACCUUCUUCAAGCGGCCCGACAUUAGCAUCAACACCGUCCUGAGGGAGAUCGCUGAGCAAUUUAAGGACAUCAGGGUUAGCAACGCCGAGCGUCUCCAACGGCAGGAACUGAAAGAGGAACGAGAUUUGCAGAAGAAGAUGGAAGAGCAGAAACAGAAGGAGGAGGAGCAGAAACAGACGGAGCGGGAGACGAAGAAGAAAGAGCAACAGGAGCUGGUUCAAAAGCAGCAGAAACUUCUCCAGGAGCUGAGACUGAAGCAGGAGAUGCAAAAGCUACAGCUGCCACAGCUGCAACGAACGAUGAGCCAGGAACCAGAGAAACCAAUAGAAGAGAAGCCAGAGGGAGAGCCAGAGGAACCUCCAGCCGAUGCUCCUCCAUCCCCACCCCACAGCCCAUGGGGCGAGGUGUCUUGUGAUGUCUGCAUGGGCGACCGGAUGAAGGCCGUCAAGUCCUGCCUGGUGUGUCUGACCUCAUACUGCGAGGAACACAUCAAGAACCACAACACACGCUUCACCAAACACAAGCUGAUCGAACCCGUGACUAACCUGGAAGAGAGGAUGUGUCCCAAGCACGAGAGGCUUCUGGAGCUGUUCUGUAAGAAAGACCAUAUCUGUGUGUGUGUGCUGUGUACGGAGACGGACCACAGAGCUCACUUUACUGUACCUGUAGAGAGGGAGUGGACUGAUAAGAAGGCUCAGCUGAAGAAGACAGAGAUAGAUGUACAGCAGAUGAUCCAGGAAAGACUGAAGAAGAUGGAGGAGAUCAAGCACUCAGCGGAGCUGAAUAAGUCCAGUGCCCAGAGGGAGAUCGAGGACAGCAUGCAGGUGUUCCAGGAGCUGAUUCGGUCCAUCCAGAGGACCCAGGCUGAGCUGGUGCUGGCUAUAGAGGAAAAGCAGAGAGAGACAGAGAGGUGGUCCCAGGGCCUGAUAGGGGAGCUGGAACAGGAGAUCACUAAACUACAGAGGAGGAAUACAGACCUGGAGCACCUCUCACGCACAGAGGACCACAUCCACUUCCUACAGAGAUUCCCAGCCCUGUGUACCCCUCCAGCCACUAAGGACUGGUCUGGGACCAGUGUACAUACUGAAGUGUGUGUUGGGAUCAUCAGGAGAGCUGUGUCUAAAUUGGAAGAGACGCUGAGUGAGGAAAUUGACAAACUGGUGGAAUCCGAGCUGAAGAAGAUUCUUAAGUACACAGUGGACCUGACCCUCGACCCAGACUCAGCCAACCCGUGGCUCCAGCUCUCGGAAGACCGCCGUCAAGUUAGGCACCUGGGAACUUGGCAGGACCUCCCGGACAUCCCUGAGCGUUUUGACACUGUGGUCAUUGUCCUGGGUCGCGAGGGCUUCACGGCGGGACGCCACUACUGGGAGGUCCAGGUGGGGGACAAGGAUGACUGGUACCUAGGUGUGGCCAAGGCAUCAGUCAACAGAAAGGGCCGUAUCGCCGUCAGCUCCUCCCAGGGCUACUGGGCGCUGGCCAUGAAGAAAGACCAGGGAUAUAGGGCCUCCACGACCCCGCCGUUACCUCUAACCCUUGACCCCAAGCCGAAGAGGGUUGGGGUGUAUGUGGAUUGCGAAGAGGGCCAGGUUUCGUUUUACGACGUGAAGGAGAGGAGUCAUAUCUAUACAUUCAUGGAGGACAACUUUAAGGAUAAGUUGUUUCCGUUCUUUUAUCUGUACUGUUGUGAUAAACAGUCGGAUGCCAUGGUGAUCUGUCCGAUCAAUGAAAAGAGUCUGAUCAAGCAAUGCUGAGAAAUACUCUGACAACAACUCUGAAAGACUACAAUUCUGUCUGCAGAAAAUACUGUGACAUAUGAUCUUGGUAGGGAAACCGUAAAACAAUUAUACAUUGACACUUAGUGGUGGCUUAAAGUACCUUGGGGUUGAGUGCCCGACGUCAACAUCCUUGACCUUAUUGAUAUUUGUUAUGGUGAUAACAAGCUGAUUUAUUUUGUUGUCCAGCCCCCCUAGGCCCCUGGUCAGUUGAACCCUGUUGAGAAAGAUUGCAACUCUGGCAACAACUCUGAAAGACUACAAUUAUGUAUGCAGAAAAUAGGGGAGAGUGGGGUAUGUUUAACCAUUGUUUACAUUCGGCGUCACUACGCCAAGGGAAAUAUAGUAUUCUUUCUAACAAAGAUAUCUACAUAUAUUUCACAAUGUGGUUUAUCCCUGAAAAUAAUUAGAAUUAAUGUAAACAUAACGGUUUUGAAAACAUAGCCUUUCCAAAAAAAAAGUGGUUUGCUCAACUUACCCUGGGUAUGGGGUAAGUUGAGCAGCCUUGGGGUAAGUGGGUGAUGGUGUCCUGUGACAGUGGUUGAUGGUGCUGUUAGGUCAAAGUUUAAUUCAUGGAAUGGGUAUACUGUAUAUGUUAAAUAUAUGUCUACAUUCAGAUAUAGAACACUCGGUUCAAUAUCCCAUACCCUUCUAUUUCUUGACCAGUUGUCUGGGACAGGGAUGUUGUUUUGAUGUGCCAAUUUGUCGGCUAGUUCUCUGCAUUUGAGGCUACAAAGCCCAUGAAAAAGGUCCAAAAGAUUAUUGAUACGUUUAGCAAAGCUCAAACUCUAUGUCAUCAGAUAAGACCAUACAGAAUGUGCACCUGCUACUCCUUAUCAUAGCCUCUCUUUCGCACAGCUACAUGUUCAUUUAGUUUUUCGGUCAUUGUCUAUUUUUUCAUCCCUUGCUGCUGCUUGAGAUGGACUUCUUCCCUUCUCUCACUUCCUUGGCUGCUCGCUCAAGAACCUCUUUGUGGCUGGAACCCUGCUUGUUUUACGUUUGUGUACACGGGACAUGAUGUCUGCUCUGUAACAAUAGAAAUGCACUCUUGAGUUCAUAUGUUCAGACACAUUGCAAAAAUACUAUGCAUGCUAUGCAUUAAACUGACAAAAUGUAAUCAUUUGUAUGGGGAGUCAAUCACCACCUUCCGGAGACACCUGAAACCCCACCUCUUUAAGGAAUACCUAGGAUAGGAUAAAGUAAUCCCUCUC